GGAGGUCACCUACCCAACUGUCCAUCCGUGAAGGCCACACAGCGAAAUCGCCUGCUACCUCCAGCAGUAUCGCCGCCUCUCGAUCAUCCUCCUCCCCUCCUCCAUCUUCAUCAACACCCCCCGCCCCGUCUCCUCUCAGCGACGGCACCAAUGCAGGCUCGCGACGUAUCGAGCUUGUCUGUCGAAUUCGCCCAAAUGCCUGAUCGCUGAAGCCCGUUCCCCUCCACCCACUCAUUCCCAGCGCCGACUCUCGCGUCGCAUCCACAUAACAUGGCCGCCAUGGAGCGGCGAAGAAAGCGAGACUUGAAAGAACAGAAUGUACGAGCGUGGAAUGGCGAGCAUGUGUUUGACGUCCAGGGCUCGCUGGACUCGAACAUGAAGAAGAACACGGCAUUCAUCAAGCGCCUCCGAACUGCCAUCACUUCUUCCAAUACGCCCACCUUCCUGCAGGAAAUCCGCUCCUUGUCCCUGCACAAGUACCUCACCGAAAUCAUCUCAGCCUGCUAUGAGGGCCUCACGAAACUCAAGGUCGCCGCCGACAUUUCUGCAGGGGUAGAGAUCAUCAGCGCACUGCAUCAGCGCUUCGGGCCGGACGACUUUACCUCUUACCUGGGAUGGUAUGUUGGGAGGGGUCUGGCUACUCCGGACAGAGCGCAGCUGAAGGCCCUGGCUGCCGAUGUUCGCGAGCGCGAGGAGAAGGAUCGGAUACUGCGGCAGAGGACGCUGCUGCGUGUAGCGACAGAGCUCUGGCUAGUUGGGGUUCUCAAGAGCCUGGAGGAUAUUGCGCAGCCCGCCGAGGCUGGAAAGGUUGGCAAAGGUACCGAAGGACCAGUCAAGCCCAAGGUGAAUGGUACGAGGCCGGAUGUCGCUGAUCCGGAGCCAUUUCCACUGGAAGUUCUCAAGGACAUGCUGAGCCAUGAUCGCGAACAUGUCAAUUUGCCACUGGUCGUGCUAUUCGUCAAGACUUUCGCGUGGGACAUCUUGGGCUCAAAACAUGGCAAAACUGAAGGACGACAGAAGAUCGCCGACGAUGGCGCCACUACCACUGUGAGUGGCAACUUCGACUCUGCCACUUCCACUGAGCACGAUGAUGGUUCUACGCCUGAUCCACCUCUGACUCCACCGGAACUACAACAACGCUUUCGGAACAUUCUGCAACGUUACUUUGAUGAUGUCAAAGCACAUAUCCUGCGCGACCAGCAGCGACUCACAGCUCAGGGAAAGCGAAAUGCAGAAGCAUACGUCAAGUCCGGUGAGGUCUUCGAGGAUCGCCAAACCAACCACGAGAAGGCGCAAAAGUCCCAGGAGAAGCUUGUCUCCAGCGCACAAACCUUGGCAGAAGUGCUAGGAGCAGAGAUGCCAGAUUUGUCUGAGAAGGAUAGCAGCCACGCCGGUCUGGAGGGCAGCAUUGGGCUUGUCAAGACCGGUGAAUACCUCCGCGGACAGGCUGAGGGUGCUGGUAUCUGGGAAGACGAGGAUGAGCGUCGCUUUUACGAGAACCUCGUCGACUUGAAGGAUCGAGUGCCUGGCAUUCUUUUAGAAGACAGCAAGAAGAAGAAAGCAGAGAAUGACGAGCAGGUUGGCAAGAAGGUCGAAGAAGGCGCCGACGCUAAGGAGAAACCAAUGGGAAGCGACGAGUCUUCUACUGCAAUCGCGAACAAAACGGUCGGCGCUCAGGUUGACGCACUGCUCGCAAGGCUACACGAGCUGUCCACGAAAGAUCAGGUCGACCAACUUGCAAUCGACUUUUGCUUCCUCAAUUCGAAAGCUUCGCGCAACCGUCUUGUCAAGGCCAUUGAAGACAUACCAAAAGGCAGAACAGAUCUGUUGCCACUCUACGCCCGUCUCAUUGCUAUUCUGGGACGCCACUUGCAGGAUGUGCCUGAGGCAAUCAUCAAGUAUCUUGAUGAUGAAUUUCGCAGUCUCCAGCGCCGCAAGUCCAAGGACUUUUUGGGACAGGUGCGGAUGAUCAACAUGCGGUACAUUGCAGAAUUGACUAAAUUCGGAGUGGUGCCAGAACACGUCAUCUUCCACUGCCUCAAAGUCUGCCUGGAUGACUUCUCCCGGAUGAACAUUGAGAUUAUAGCAAAUCUUCUUGAGAACUGCGGAAGGUAUCUCCUACGCAACCCAGAGACGUCGCCGCGAAUGGCAUCGUUCCUGGAGACUUUGCAGCGCAAGAAGACGGCUCAACACAUUGGCCAGCAGGAGCGCAUGCUUGUCGAGAACGCCGUUUACUACGUCAAUCCGCCAGAACGCGCCGCUAUCCAGCAAAAAGAGCGCACGACCCUGGAUCUGUUUGUUCGCAAGCUUGUGUACACCGAUCUUAGCAAGAAAUCUCUCGACAAAGUCAUCAAGCAGAUUCGGAAGUUGCAUUGGGAGGAAAGCGAGGUGGUGGAUGUACUUCGCAAGAUCUUCGUCAAGCCUGGCAAGAUUCGCUUUGGCAAUAUCUUUCUGCUGGCCAUGAUGCUCGCUGCCCUCUAUCGCUUUCACACCGGCUUCGCUAUUACUGUGCUGGACGAGCUGCUCGAGCGCGUUACAGUCGGUCUCGAGAUCAACGAUUUCAAGUACAACCAGCGCCGCAUUGCGGAGGCCAAGUAUCUGGGCGAGCUGUACAUGUACCGCGUCGUCGAUUCGGCGCUGAUUUUCGACACGCUGUACAAGAUUCUCAACUACGGACACGCAACCUACGCCCAGCCUGGCGAGGUAUGUGCGAUGGAUCUCCCAGACGACUACUUUCGUAUUCGGCUCGCCUGUGCUUUGCUGGAGACCUGCGGUCAUUGCUUCGAGAAGGGCGCGGCUAGAAAGAAGCUGGACUUUUACCUGUCCUUCCUUCAGUACUACAUCAAUGUGAAGGAUCCCAUUCCCAUGGACAUUGAAUUCGUGGUGCAAGACACGUUUAAUGUCCUGCGACCGCAAUGGAAGCUGGUGUUGAAUGACUUUCCCGAGGCCGCAAGAAUAUUUGGAGAGGCGUGCAAGCAGAACUACCAGGACACGGCUGCCGGCAAGAUGCAGGAAGCGGAAGAGCCGGAGGACCCAGAUGCCGACGUGACUCUAUCCGAUGACGAGCACCGCGAGGGCGAAGAGCACUUGGCCGACGGGGACAAUGCGCCUUCUGGAAGCGAUGAUGGCAAGGCGCAAGGUGAUGAUGACGAAGGACGAGCUAACGAGCAGUCGGACGAGGAAGAGCACAUUGUGGUGACCAGACCCGAAGAUCACCGAGAUCCCGAAGCCGAUGCCGAGUUUGAUCGCGAGCUCGCCAAGCUCAUGGCCGAAAGCGUCGACUCCCGCAAAUUUGAGCGCAAGACUGCAUUUGAUCUCCCGCUCCCAAUGCGCCGGACAGUGCGGGACGCCGCGACACCCGCAGCUGCAGGUGGCGACGAAGAGACGCCCGCACCGCCGUCAACUAACGGAGCGGGCACGAUGAAGUUUGCGCUUCUCAGCAAAAAGGGGAACCGCCAGCAGACACGAUCGAUCGACAUGCCCUCCGAUUCAGCAUUUGCAGUCGCCAUGCGCUCACAGCAAGAAGCCGAGCGCGCUGAGCAGCAGCGCAUCAAGAACCUGGUCCUCAAUUAUGAUUUGACAAACGACCAGGAAGAUGGCUCUUUCGAAUCUUUGCACAACGGUCCGCGAUACGACAAAUCCGGAAACACGCGCUCAAAGCAACGCGCAAGAAAGUUGCAACUUGGUGACAUUGAUUGGACUUAAGCGAUUUCGAAGACACGGAUUAUCCAUGUUGUCCACGAGCCCCACACAUACCGACGAUCACAUUCAGUCGUCGCCAUCAAUGCGUCGUGGCAUUCCCAUACGAUAGCAAGACUGCCUUUGCUUGUCUUCAUUACGACGCCGACCACGAGAUGCAAUGCUUCGAACCUGACAAAUCGAGCACUCGACCCCUCCAGUCCAUGCCCGCCAUGUCGCUACGUGUGGCUGCUGCACGAGGGCCUUGCCCGUCCCAUUGGACGCAUGGUCUGCAGACAAGAGUACGAUGGAACAGUAAAACGAGUCUGUCGUCGGGUCGGCUUGUGCCAGUAUCGUGCGGGGAGCUGGAGAAGAGUACGAACGAAGCCUGCAGGGUGGCUACAGAAGACUUGCGAGAACAUGGGAUUCGAGUGGUUCAGUAUAUCGGCAGAUAGAACUACAGAUUGAUAGGGACGAAGUUGGAAGACAGUCGUUCGUUAACACAGAUCUCCUUGAGUUUCACAAGAAUCAAUAGUGUAUCUAAGGCCGUUCCAAAGGAGUGCGCAUUCCAACACAGGUUCAAUCGUGUAUGCAUGAGGUAACUAUCGCAGGCUUUCAAAGCUUUCCGUCCCACUCUGAUCAUGUAGGGAUCCAUCGGACUUGACCUCUGCUUCUCGAAGCCACACACACACACACACACAUACAUCACAUCACAUCACACAAUUCUUUUGCUUUCGUUUCCCAUCGUUUUAAUGCGCCGCGGUCGAGUCGUAGCCUCGCCCACCAGUUCCCGGAGCAUUCGCCAGUGACUGCUUCAUCAAUUCGCGCUUGUAAUCAUCCUUGCUGGAAGUCUGUCCACGAUCGAGACUGGAUCCAU